AUGGAGCUUACCUCCGAAAAUGUGUCUGAAAAGGACCAUCAACUACCGCCGGUCGAAAAUACAUCUAACCUCUUUAGCAUAAUAAUCGUGUCCUCAAUAGCCGCCGGCCUUCAGUUCGGUUGGGCUUUACAACUCUCUCUUUUAACACCCUAUGUUCAACUUUUAGGUAUUCCCCACCAAUGGUCAGCAUACAUCUGGCUAUGUGGGCCAAUCUCCGGCUUAAUCGUCCAACCGCUGGUCGGUUACUACAGCGAUCGAUGCACAUCCCGGUUUGGCCGCCGCCGUCCGUUCAUCGUCGGUGGUGCCUUCUUCGUGGCCAUAGCCGUCUUCCUCAUCGGAUUCGCCGCCGAUAUCGGAUACCUUGCCGGAGACAUCUUGGAGCCUGGAAAGCCCCGACCCCGAGCCAUAACCGUGUUCGUGGUCGGAUUUUGGAUCCUCGACGUGUCAAACAACACGUUGCAAGGACCCUGUCGAGCUUUUCUCGGAGAUUUGUCUGGAGGAGACCCUAGUAAGACGAGAAGCUCAAUGACGUGUUUCUCGUUCUUCAUGGGGGUAGGGAACGUGUUGGGUUACGCAGCCGGAAGCUAUGAUAAGAUUCACAAGUUGUUUCCGUUUUCUCAAACUCACGCGUGCGAUCUUUAUUGCGCAAACUUAAAAAGUUGUUUUUUCUUGACUAUAAUCCUGUUGGCUUCUGUAACCAUAAUAGCACUCAUAUUGGUUCCAGACAAGCAAUGGACCCCACCAGAAAAUGCCGACGAAUCAGCUGAAAAGGACGGUGGUUGCUCGGUGCCGUUCUUCGGAGAACUAAUAGAUGCUUUGAAGAUCUUACCUAGGCCCAUGUGGUUCCUUCUAGUGGUGACAUUUGUAAAUUGGAUGGCAUGGUUUCCCUUUAUUCUGUAUGAUACAGAUUGGGUUGGGAAAGAAAUCUACGGUGGGAAAGUCGGAGAUUAUGUUUAUGACAAAGGAGUUCACGCCGGUGCAAUGGGUUUGUUGCUGAAUUCGGUGGUUCUUGGAUUUAUGUCACUAGCGAUUGAACCUUUAGGUCGUGCCCUCGGAAACGUUAAGUAUCUUUGGGGGAUUGUAAAUCUUAUUCUCGCAUUAUGCAUGGGAAUGAUUGUGGUCGUGACAAAGAAGGCCAAAGAUUGGCGUCAAUUUGCUACAUUGCACGGUAUCGAUAUUUCAAAGACGGUGCCUCCAAAGGAGAUUAGGUUUGGUGCAAUGGCUAUCUUCAUGACUCUUGGAAUCCCUCUUGCGGUGACUUUCAGCAUACCAUUUGCCAUGUCCAACAUUUUAUCCGGACCAGGAAUUGGAAAUGGUCUAUCUUUGGGAGUGGUGAACCUAGCAGUUACCCUUCCCCAGAUGUUUGUGUCAUUCACAAGUGGACCAUUGGAUAACAUGUUCGGCGGAGGAAACUUGCCGGCGUUUGUGUUAGGUGGCAUUGCUGCCGUGAUUAGUAGCAUUUUGGCUUUAAUUUUGCUCCCUUCUCAAAAAAACAAGAUCCCAACCAUAACCGGUGGUGGGUUUCAUUGA